CGAAGUGAAGAAACCAAAGAUUUCAACAAAAGAGAUGCUGGAGGCACAAACUUGGGACACAGAGAACAUGCCCUCUACCGAUAAACUGCUGGUGGCAGCCAUUGACUUAGGUUCCACCUACAGCGGCUUUGCAUUUUCCUAUAAACAUGAAUACGAGAACGACCCUUUGAAGAUCAGGUCAAACAACUGGACAUCAGGUUCCGGGGGUCUCUUGACCCUAAAGACCCCAACCUGUGUUCUGUUCAGUAAAGACAAAGUGUUCGACUCGUUUGGUUACGAAGCGGAGGAUAAAUAUUCAGAACUGUCAGAGGAAGAGGAACAACAGGAGUGGUAUUACUUCAAGAGGUUCAGGAUGUCACUCUUUAACAGAGAAGAACCACUUUCAAAAGCCUUAAAAAUAAAAUCUAUAGACGGAAAGGAGAUGGUGGCUUUAGAUGUGUUUUCAGCAGCCAUUAAAUUCCUGAAGAGUCACCUACUACAUUCUCUAGAACGAGAAGACGCAGGGAUAAGAGAAGCUGACAUAGGCUGGGUCUUAACAGUCCCUGCUAUCUGGGACGAUCCUGCCAGACAGUUUAUGAGAGAGGCGGCAGUUAGGGUAUAA